CCAGAAGCCCUGCGUCAAUUUAUAGCGGAUUCUACAGGGCUAGGCUAGCUAGCUACUGCAUUCCAAAUAAACAACAUUAACAAAAUCUAACAUUAGUGGAUAUAAUAUGCUGCGCAGAAAGCCCACCCGUCUGGAAUUGAAGUUGGAUGACACUGAGGAGUUUGAGAGUGUCAAGAAAGAGCUUGAGAUUCGGAAAAAACAGAGGGAUGAAGUGGAUGUUGUUGGUGUGGCUACGUUUAGUAACAUGGUGGGGGCCAGCGGUGGAACAGGGGAUGGGAAGACACGGGGACAGAUGAUCAACGAGAGAAUAGGCUACAAGCCCCAUCCUAAACCCAACACCUUGCCCUCACUCUUUGGAAACCUGCAGUUUUAGGUUCCUAAUGGGCACAUUAACGAGACUGCUCAAACUGUUGGCUCCACCAGUGUAGGUGUGUGGAGGGCACAGUAACAAUGCUAUUGACAUGGUCCGGGAUACUUGUGUGCUUGCCUGAGAUCAGAAUUCUCUCUACAAAGAAGUGUAGUUUGAGGAUCACGUUUUGCUUAUAACACAUCUUUUAAAGUAAUGUUCUUGCAUUUACCUGAAAUGUUAUGACUUGCGAUGCAAAGCGUGUGGCCUUUUGUACAAUAUGUUUCAUGGGAGCUGUUGUAGUGGUUUCCCUCCUUUAUUACAAAAAUCCAGACUUGGUAGUCCCAGGAAGGUGAAGGUAGCAUCUUUGGGGCAAGAUGGAAUGGACUUUAAUAACUGAUUUAGUUCUUACAAUGGUAUGAUUGUAGUUUAUUGGCCUUCAAGGCUGCAUUAUGAGAAUGCAACAGAAUCAAACAUACAGUUCUUGAAUGAUACCAUUUAUUACUUGUUUUCUCUAGAUGAUUACAGCACUGUAAAUACAUCAUACUAUACAGACAUGUCUGUGGACUUAACAGUCCAGGUAAUGUUCACACUGUUGCUGCGCUGGAGUGGCAGUCAGAUUCCCACUGCUGUUUUGGCCCAUUAACUUCAACGCUCGAUUUGUACAGUAGACUCUAAUAAGAAAUCUUUAUACAUGAUCCCAUGUGGUAAAGCAGAAACAGUUAUAAUAUGUUCAAGUAUACACUAACUAUUAAUGUCCCUGGCUUGAUUGUAAUGUAAUGAGAAUGUGCGGCUGUUAAAUCCAGUUAUAGCAACUAGGAAUUUGACCCCCAAACCAGGCACAGCACGUCACGAAGGCUAUUUAGACAAGCAGCUCAAUUCCGAUAUUUUUUUCCACUAAUUGGUCUUUAGACCAAUCACAUCAGAUCUUUCUACAACUGACAUUUUCCCAGAUCUGAUUGGUCAAAAGACCAAUUAACUUAGUGCAACAAAAAAUGUAUCAGAAUUGGGCUGCCUGUCUACAGAGACAGACAAUUCUGACAUUUCCACUAAUUGGUCCUUUAACCAAUCAAAUCAGCUCUAUUGCCAAACAAAUCAGUAAAAGAUCAGAAUCAGACUGCCUGUGUAAAACACAGCCUUAGGCAACUGAUAAACAUUUACUAGUCACUUCUCAGAUGAAAAUAAUUAUAAUCAAGAUAAACUAAAAAUACUACUUUCUCUUUAGGUUCUACUUCAUAGAUAUCCCCUCCUGUCAAAGUGUUAACUGUGAGGCGUAAGCACCGAUAGGUCACAAGAGGUGCAGUAAUCUUGUGUUACUAGGCCAGUCUGAGAAAGCACUAGAUCCAUCCUCAUACUUUCCCAUAGUUCCCUGCUUGUCCUUGGGAUCUGAGCACUUGCUCCAAUAAGGACACUAGUAUCCAUGUGUUGACAUGCUAACUAAUUUAACCCUAUUGAAUGAAUGCACCAAAAGUUACUCCCAAGUUAUAUUAUGAACAUUUUACAUUGGCUUCUUGAUGUACAAGAGUCAAUUUACAUUUGUGUGUCAGAUCAAGCCUUCGAGUGCCGAGUGUCAUUGGUAAAUAAUGAGGUUGUCAUUCAUAAACUACCAAAAUCGAACACUGCAUAGCAGUGUGUAUCAUGAAGAGGGUUUCAAAGGUUGUCACGCUCUGCUGCAUUACACUAAUGUAUAUAAUCACACGACAUGUAAAGUGUACUGUACUUCACUGCUUGUCCACUGGACAAUCUUUAAAAAAAGAAAAAAAAACACUGGCACUUGUCAGUAGACUACA